CAGAGUGACAUAAUCAUAAGGUAUUACCAGUUGAAGAGAAGAAAUUGAACUAAAACAAGAAUAUAAUGAAGUGGACAGCUAAAGGAUUAUUUCUGGUUUUCUUGACAGCAUGUCUCCUCGAGGUGGAAUGUCGCAAAAAUGACUACACCAAUGACAUGACAAACGAUCUCUUCAAUGAUUGGGAUGAUUUUGGAAGAAAUUGUGCGAAUGACGACGAGCUUUUCCAACAUGGUGGAACUAACAGACCAGGAAAGUUGAACAAUGAAAAUUUGGAAGAAAAUGAUGAUGACGACCGCACAAAAUUAACCGGUGGGAAGAAACGAGUGCAGUAUUUUAAAACUCGAAGAAAAGUUAUUAGGCCAGGACGUUCUGAUAUUCAAGUUGUAAAACCAGGAGUUUCAGAAAGUCGGUUGAACAGAAAAAGAAGACCCUUUUUACGGGACAUUUGAAAUCAUAAAAAACUUUUAAAAAGAAGUUAUCCUAGUUGUGUAAAUUUUGAGAAAUACAACUUAAUGAAAGAUAUAAAUAAAACUAUAACACAGUUCAUAAUAGCUAUAUAUGAGACACAUUGAAAAUAUCAAUAUGAAGUCAUUUAAUAUUACUUCACAAACAUGACAAUAGCAUUAAUCAGAUAAAA